AUGGCAGCAGAGAGCAUGAUGGGGAGCGCAGCACAAGCAGUGGACCUGCUACCACGCACCCCCCGCAUUCUCUCCCUGCAGCUGCAGCUCAUCAACGACUACCCCCUCUCAUGGCAGUACGCUGGCUCUCCCCCCACCCGCCGCAUCCGCAUCCUCCCCCUCCCUGCCUCUGCUCGCUCGGAGCUUGCUCCAGCAGCUCGCUCAGACCUUGCCCCAGCUGUCACUGGUCGAUCCGAUUGCCCUGUCGGUGCCAUAGGUAGUGUUGUUGACCCCAGUGCAGCGAUUGAUGGAGAUAGUGGGGAUUGGCAGGGAGAAGAGGGAGGUGAAGACAUGGUGGGACAGAGAGGUGGAGCGGAGCAGAGAGGUGGAUGUGUGGUGGAGAAUGUUGCAGCAUCUGGGUGGACUGUGGUUAUGUCACUUGCUGGUGUCAACGCCUUUGGACUGCAGGGCCUCAUCGUCACUCUUCUUCAUCGUUGA